GAACGAACGUAAAAUGCAAAACAAACACUCAAAAAAAAUACUGCUGCUUGUUAAAACGACUUACUUAAAUUUGUACCAGCGAUUAAAUAAACAAUCAAUUUGUGUUAGGACAACAUGAAGUAGUUCUGUAGAAUGUUUUUACAGCGAAUGACAAGUUUUCACGGCAUUGACUGAUGUCGAAAUGCAGUCUUUAAGCUAUGAUACAUUGUGGUUUUUGGCCUCAUAUAUAAAUAGACUUCCUCUAAACUUAACAGCAGAAGCGAGUGCCAGAUGUGUCAGAAAUGAGUUCAUGUUUUCAGCUGUUGAUCUCUGCCUGCUUUCUGCUGGGUGUUUUCUCCAGCGAGUAUCUAUUCGACAUCACAGAUCGGGCAUUUAUCGAUGAAUGUGUGCGAGAACACAACCAGAACCGCAGCAGCGUUUCACCCACCGCAGCUAACAUGCGAUACAUGACGUGGGACGCAGCGCUGGCAGUGACGGCGCGGGCCUGGGCUAGAUUCUGCCUCUUCAAACACAACAUUCACCUGCGGGAGGCAAAGCGGGUUCAUCCCACAUUCACCACAGUGGGAGAAAACAUCUGGGCCGGAGCGCCGUACAGCAGAUUCACUGUCAAAUCAGCAGUGUUUUCAUGGGUCAACGAGCUUAAAGAUUACAACUACAACAACAAUCAGUGCAAUGACAAGAAAGUCUGCGGACACUACACUCAGGUUGUUUGGGCAGAUUCCUAUAAGGUUGGCUGUGCGGUUCAGACCUGUCCAAAUGGUGUGGCCGAAACACACUUCUCUAAUAUACAAGGAGUGAUAUUUGUGUGCAACUACGCAACUGCAGGAAAUUUCGCUGGUAGGUCUCCAUACAAACAGGGCGCUUCAUGCAGCGGCUGCGGCGGCUCAGACAAGUGUGAACGAAAUCUCUGUCGAAACACCGACCGAGAUGCAGAGCAGAGUUACAACUGGACUCCAGACUGGGAUCCUGCUCUCUCCUCAUGCGGGACCUUCUGUGUGUCGGUGAUGAUUAUUAGGCUCAUUUCAGUGGUGUUGCUGUUUGUUUGUGUUCACUUCCUGCAGUGCCGUUACAGCCCUUUUAUAUACGACUGAUAUCCACACUAUUAUAGCAUCAGCUCAUGCACACUCAUAUUCAAUGCAACUAAACUAUAACAAACCAUAAAUAUCCAAGGCAAUCAGUUUUGUGCUGCACACUCUCUCUGUUUCCACAAGCUAAUAAAUGAGAUUCAUUGAGCACUUUGAAAUCAGAGAGUUUAAUAUAAACAUACGGCUAAUAAACACAAUGUUUGACAUGUU